CCGUCAAGUUAAUCCCCGACCAAGUUCCGACAACCCAAAACCUUUUGAGGUAUUUCCCGUAAAAACUGCCAUCGGCCAUUCGCUGUUGAUCCCUUCACUUCCUUUCUUCAGUCCAAUUGCCGAAACGUCCAUAUCCUCUCCUUCUCAUAUCACAUUGUAAUACUGCAUACACAAUGGCCUCAGCAUUGCGCCCUGCCAUGAGAGCUUCCGCUCUGCGAGCUCCUGCUUUCGCUGCCCGUAACACGGCCUUCACAGCUGCGCGAUGCUAUUCCGCCAAGGCCCAGGUAUGAACCAUGUCUCGUGGUGCUGGUUCUUGUUUCUGUGGUAUCAAGCUGACUCCCAUACUCCUCAUCCAGACCCUCAAGGAGCGCUUCGCUGAGCUUCUUCCCGAGAAGAUCGAGGAGAUCAAGGCCCUCCGAAAGGAGCAUGGCUCCAAGGUCAUCGACAAGGUCACUCUCGACCAGGUCUACGGUGGUGCCCGUGGUAUCAAGAGCUUGGUGUGGGAAGGUUCCGUCCUCGACUCCGAGGAGGGUAUCCGAUUCCGCGGCAAGACCAUCCCCGAGUGCCAGGAGGUUCUCCCCAAGGCCCCUGGUGGCAAGGAGCCUCUGCCCGAAGGUCUCUUCUGGCUUCUCCUGACCGGCGAGGUCCCCAGCGAGCAGCAGGUCCGUGACCUGUCCGCCGAGUGGGCUGCUCGUUCCGAUCUCCCCAAGUUCGUUGAGGAGCUCAUCGAUCGCUGCCCCAGCGACCUCCACCCCAUGGCUCAGUUCUCUCUGGCCGUGACUGCUCUCGAGCACACCUCCUCCUUCGCCAAGGCCUACGCCAAGGGUAUGAACAAGAAGGACUACUGGGGAUACACCUUCGAGGACUCCAUGGACCUGAUUGCCAAGCUCCCCAACAUUGCUUCCCGCAUCUACCAGAAUGUCUUCAAGGGCGGCAAGGUUGCCCCCAUCCAGCAGGACAAGGACUACUCGUUCAACUUUGCCAACCAGCUCGGUUUCGGCGACAACAAGGACUUCAUCGAGCUCAUGCGUCUCUACCUGACCAUCCACACUGACCACGAGGGUGGCAACGUCUCUGCCCACACCACCCACCUUGUUGGCAGUGCUCUCAGCUCUCCCUUCUUGUCCCUCGCUGCUGGUCUCAACGGUCUGGCUGGUCCCCUCCACGGUCUCGCCAACCAGGAGGUCCUCAACUGGCUCACGGAGAUGAAGAAGUCCGUUGGUGACGACCUUAGCGACAAGGCCAUCACCGACUACCUCUGGUCCACCCUUAACUCUGGCCGCGUUGUGCCCGGCUACGGACACGCUGUCCUGCGUAAGACUGACCCCCGUUACAUGGCUCAGCGCACCUUUGCCCAGGAGAAGAUGCCCAACGACCCCAUGUUCCAGCUGGUCAGCCAGGUCUACAAGAUCGCCCCCAAGGUCCUUACCGAGCACGGAAAGACCAAGAACCCCUACCCCAACGUCGACGCUCACUCGGGUGUUCUCCUGCAGUACUACGGUCUCACCGAGGCCAACUACUACACUGUUCUCUUCGGUGUGUCCCGUGCCAUUGGUGUCCUUCCCCAGCUCAUCAUUGACCGCGCUGUCGGUGCUCCCAUUGAGCGUCCCAAGUCUUUCUCCACCCAGAAGUGGAUUGAGAUCUGCAAGAAGCUGUAAAGUGUACAACAGUUGUCUUGCUUAUGUGGUUGGGGAGUUUGUCAAAAUUCGGUUAGAAUGGGCUCGCUACAAAGAGCAGUGUACGAGUAUCAUUUGGGAGGUGUUCAGAGGGGGGCUCCUUGAUGAUACCAAUCUCUGUGUUUGUACAAUAUAAAUCACG